UGUCCAGAAAUUUUGCUCGUUUCAUUAUAACACAGUACAUAAUUGAUCAAAGUUCUGAGUAAACAAGUCAUUAUGGCUGAAGUGAAGCAAGUAUCAGUGGCCGAUAAAUUAUAUGAUUCUAUAGCUGACCUUAGCGACCGCAUCAUGAAACUUCCAUUUGGCGCAGUGGUAAAAAAGAAAUAUGAUCCAGUGCGUUACGCGGCGUCACAAUACAAAGCGUACCUUGACAAGUUUGGGUACGCACGCCCAGCGGAAGACAAGGGCAAGAAGUUGCUCUUUCUCGGAAUGAAUCCUGGCGCCAUAGCUGCGAUUUCUGGAGUCCCGUUUGGUGAAGAAGAGUUUGUACAGAAAGAACUUGGGAUUGUCUGCUCUGAUGUUGGACGUCCUGCUGAAGCAGACCCUGAUAAAAAAAAGGAUUUGAAACCAAAAGCUACUAGCAAGGAAAGCGCCCGACUGUGGGAGCUGCUGCUGGAGCUCUUCAACAUACUCAUGACCAACCCGUCGCUGACAAUUCCCAAGAAGGACCGUGUGGCGGACUGUCCUCUGCAGACGGAGUGUGACAAGACUCUGCUCAAGGUCGUCGAGCUGCUCGGAGUGACGGACAUCGUCGCUGUCGGCACCUACGCCGAGCGGGCCGCGGAGCGCGCCGUGAAGCGUUCCGAGAAGCCCACUGUCAAUGAGGUUGAGGUGACUGAAUUCCGUCUGAAAUUUUUAACGCCUUCUCUGAUGGGUGAAUUGUUUAAAUAA